UUGUCGGACAGACAGGCCGUGCCGUGACGUCACCCCGACUCCGCCGCUGCUGGCUGUUGUCGGCCGGACCUCCGGACAAAACCGACGAGCCAACGAGCAAGCCGCCGCCGGGAACGGGCUCACAACCUCCGGCCUUGCACCCACGAUGGCCUCCGACGGCACGGACGAGCGCUCGCCGCUUUUGUCCACUCCCAACUCGGAGAACGUCACCCCCAACGCGCCGCCUUACCUGCACGACCCCAGCCCCCGAGCGGAACUGCCUCCGCCGUACACGGCAAUCGCCAGUCCAGACGCGGGCGGCAUUCCCGUCAUCAACUGCCGCGUGUGCCAGUCACUCAUCCAUCUGGAUGGCAAACUACACCAACACGUGGUCAAGUGCACGGUGUGCAACGAGGCCACCCCCAUCAAGAAUCCGCCCACGGGGAAAAAGUACGUGAGGUGCCCCUGCAACUGCCUCCUCAUCUGCAAAGACACCUCAAGGAGGAUAGGAUGCCCGCGACCCAACUGCAGACGCAUCAUCAACCUGAGCCCGGUGAUGGUGAUCCCCGAGGAGCAGCCCGCCCAGCCGGCCCUCCCCGUGCAGCCCGAGGGAAUGCGGGUAGUCUGCGGCCACUGCGGCAACACCUUUCUGUGGAUGGAAGUGCGCUUCAACACGUUAGCCAAGUGCCCCCACUGCAAAAAGAUCUCGUCCGUGGGCAGCGCGCUUCCGAGGCGGCGCUGUUGCGCUUACAUCACCGUGGGGAUGAUCUGCAUCUUCAUUGGCGUGGGGUUAACGGUGGGCACUCGGGACUUUGCCCAUCGCUACAACGCCACGUACGUGUCGUGGGCGCUGGCCUACCUGGUGGGCGUCAUAUGUUUGGUGCGAGCAUGCUACUGGGGUGCCAUUAAGAUCAGUUACCCGGAGAAUAGCUUCGCCUAGGAGGCCCCGCCCCUUGGUUGUCUGACCUUUUCGCCUUUUUGUUUCCACUCGUUGAUCCAGCAAGCCUUUAAAAUUUUUUUUUUUUUACCCCAUGAAUGACCAAGCGGAGACGAGCUACGAAGAAAUAACAUUUUGCUCGUUGCACAUUUUUUUUAAUGUGAAUUUUAAGUCGCUCUGCUGCUAGUUAGUGUCCAGCUAAAGGAGGGUGCGUGGCCAUUUACUGUAAUGUGGGGGUGUCCGAAAUAUUCUAAAUGUGACGUAGCCGCCACUGAUGUUCAUCAUGAUGGGACUGUAGGCUGUAAAACGCAUUGCUAGUCAGACAUUUUGAAUUCAAUGGAAACUACUGAACCUACAUUUUGGGGGAGGGGGGGGGCGAGAAUACGUUGUUUGUGCCACCAUUAUUCUUAACACAGUAUUCUGAUUCAUUUUAUGUUUGUGGAAAAAGAAUUCAACGGGUAAAUUCAUCCGUUUUCUCAGAGAGGUUCUUAUUGCUCCAUACAGGGAGCCUAGCGUAAACAUGCACUGCUAACUGUGUUUUUAGCG